AGUGUCAAGGUGAAGUACCUAACCCUACUUUAUUGUUGAUUUUGAAUUUGUAUAAAAUGGAAUUAAUUAUAAGAAUAGCACGAGUUUCCAAAUUGUGGCCCCCUCCAAUAAAGAAAUCGGUGUGUUUUUGUAAAUUUAUGUCGACAUCGAAGGACACCGAUACAUCUACGGAUUCGAACUCGAAAGACCUGGUAAAGGAGGUCGACAUUGCCACCAAAGUAGCCCGAACGAAGGAGACUACAAAGAAAGACCUCCAAUAUCGCACGACGUGGCACGCGAAGGAGGGCUACUACUACAAUUUCUUACGCUCGUUCUACUCCGAGGAAAGCAACGCAUCGUUGCUCAAGCUGCUCCAGACCCCCAUUAACCUAUCGCCGGAAUCCGUCCGUAAAUGGUGGCUCAGACGGAAGGAACGCGAGAACAUCUUCCUCCAGCAGUACCUGCCCGAGCGAAAUCAAACUUUGGGCAACGAACUAGCGGCGGCCCACUUCAUCGUGUACCGAGGCGGCGCCGUCAAGUUCUACGACGACGACGUCUGGAUCAAGGCGAACGAGUACAACCAGUACAGCCUGCCGAAGUUCUACGACUCGGAGAGGGUGCUCGAGGCGAUCGACUGCACCGACAUGAACCUGUACUACGAGGGACUAGUCAAUCUGGCAAACCUGCAGAGGGUGGAGUGGUUCAGCGUGAACGGUUGUCAGCAUUUGGACGAUUGGAGUUUGGAUCGUAUUACGAAUAUAUUUAGCGAGACGCUAGUGUACUUAGACAUUAGGGAUUGCCCUAGGAUUACGGUUCGCGGGUUGUGCUCGUUGUACAAGAUGAGAAAUUUGAAAAUUUUGCUCGUCAGCGAGCUGAUAACGCCGAAGGCUUUCGAAUUGAGUUGCAUGUUGCUGCAGGAUAUCCUGCCCGAUUUAGAUAUACGUGUUGAUUAGUAUUCUCUGAUGGUUUCCGUUAAUAAAAUGUGAGUUCCUAAAGUGUCUGAUAAAUAAUGCAAGGAUUGAGCCCCGAGUCGAAGCCUGCUUCGGCCAGGGGCAGAAUCCCUUCAUAUGGUCCUUGCUAGGUUUCCUCAGUUUAUUAUUAAUUAUCCCUUAAGUUACCAUUCACAAAAAAUUGGUAUAAAUUUUUUCGUCACCCUGUAUGUUGUACAGCUGGCACAACAACCACAUCCACGACGCUAAACGAAAACGAGAGGUGGAUGUGUCGCGUAUCUUUGUGGUAUUCGUUUAUAAAAAACUCAAAAAGCAUUUUUGUUUACUUUUUGACUAUCUACGCAGAUUUACAGUAAGGAGGAGUCGUCUAUGAGGAGACUACGAGUAGUUUCCAAUAUGUCAUCGGAAGGGCAUCACAACAGAGAAGAGGCAAGUUUCAACUUGUAUGGAGAUGAUGCUGAGUUUGCAAAAUUUGUUGGAGAGCAUGAUUUGCUGUUCGACGAGCUGCUGGUUGGAAACUACGAGUACGGAGAUGGAAAUGUGGAAGGAAAAGUACAAGCCGAACAACCCGGACAAGAUUUGUCAGUCUGCAGUGCGACAAAAUCGAGUCAAAGACAUUUAACUUGUGGCCAUUGUGGCUAUUUUUCAUCGAACAAAAUCGAUUUUCAAAGGCAUUUAAGUCGGCACUCGGUGCAACGUGCCAGUCAGAGGGUGAAAGAGAUCCGGAUUCACAAGGACUUGGGGGAGUAUAAGUGCGCCGAGUGCGAUUUCACGACCACCACAAUGAAGUGCUUAACGCAACACGUUGCUGUACACAAACGAAUAGUGAUCAAAAUGAACCUCGAUUUGAAUACUUACAAAUGUAAACAGUGCAAAUUUACGACAAGGCACUGGAAGGAUUUUAAAUUACACAUUCCGAAACACGACGCAUUAAACGUAUACAAAUGUGACCUGUGCGAUUUCGUGACAAAGUGGAGGCAAAACCUGAAACCGCACGUCGACACCCACGACACGGCGGUCAAGUACAAAUGCGACCGGUGCGCUUACACGACGAAGCUGAAGCGGUACCUAACGCAGCACUACCAACAGCACGACUCCUUAAAGCGGUAUAAGUGUCGCCUGUGCAGGUUCUCGACAAACUGGAGCAAGCAUUUGAAGCAGCACGUCGAAGUGCACAACUCGUCGAAGGCCUACCAGUGCGAUGAGUGCGGUUUUACGACGAAUUCCAGGCGAAAUUUGAUAAUACACUUUAAAAAGUACGGCACACGGCACACUAAGUGAGUGUUUCGGUGUAGUUUUGAUUUUCUUUUGUUGUCUCUUUAUAUUAUCAGCGCCAGAAUCGAAAUAAAUUGUUGCUUUUU